AUUUUUAUUUAAUCAUUUAUUUUUACUUUGCUGUUGUGUUUGGGUUGCCCAGUUGUCACAAGCAAUUGUAAUAUGGUUUAAUUCAUUUAGAUAGUCAAAAAUAUAUGUAAAUAUUUUAAUACAAUUUAAAUUUGUCCCUCUCUUUUUCUCUCUCAUAGGUAACAUCUUUGUGGUGAGUCUUUCUGUUGCUGACCUGGUGGUGGCGCUGUACCCCUACCCCUUGGCUCUGGUCGCUAUGUUCCAUAAUGGCUGGACAAUGGGCUCCCUGCACUGCCAGCUGAGUGGGUUUGUAAUGGGACUGAGUGUGAUUGGGUCGGUCUUCAACAUCACGGCUAUCGCCAUCAACCGGUACUGCUACAUUUGCCACAGUCUCCGCUACGACCGACUCUAUUCACGCCAGAACACCUGUCUGUACCUGCUGCUUACCUGGGUGCUAACCGCUCUGGCCACCGUGCCCAACUUCCUUGUGGGUUCCCUAAAAUACGACCCACGUGUCUUCUCCUGCACGUUCACCCAGACAGCAAGCUCCUCUUAUACAGUCUGCGUCGUUCUGAUCCACUUCCUUGUACCGCUGGGUGUGGUUUCUUUCUGCUACCUGCGCAUAUGGACAUUGGUGAUUAGGGUCAAAGGUCGUGUCCGGCCCAAUCCAAAGGUCAGAGCAGCUGACCUGAGGAAUUUCCUGACUAUGUUUGUGGUGUUCGUGCUGUUCGCUGUGUGCUGGGCGCCUCUGAACUUCAUUGGGCUCGCCGUGGCAGUUAACCCUACAAGAGUGGCGCCGAAUGUCCCGGAGUGGCUGUUUGUUACCAGCUACUUUAUGGCAUAUUUCAACAGCUGUCUGAAUGCUGUUGUCUAUGGGUUGCUCAACCAGAACUUUAGGCAAGAGUACAAACAGAUUCUUCGUGCUCUCUGCACCCCAAGAGCGCUGUUCACUGAAAGUUCCAGGUACAACACUGAAGCUAUAAAGAGUAAACAGUCACCAGCAGGAACCAAUAACAAUGUGAAAGAGGCCAACGUGUAUAAGGGCGGAGUAACACAUACUAUUUUCUAGUAGAUCACUCCCCAUUUACCUAACAGUCCACAAUAUAAGGGUACAACAGGCCUAAAGGUGCACCAGGGUGAAAUGUGCAUUUGUUUUUAUUUUCCACUUAACAGUUAGAUUGCACCAAAAAUCACCACAGCACUUUUCUAAAUACCCACGGUUCACAGGAAUUUGGGUGAUUCUUGAUGUGAUCGUGGGCAGUAACACAGUCGAUUCUGUAUUAAGUUUAUCUGAUAUUUAAGGUUUUUAAAGGUGCAAUGUGAAAAAUUUGAGAGGAUCUAUUGACAGAAAUGGAAUAUAAUAUACAUACCUAUGUUUUCAGUUGUGUAUAAAGACCUUACAUAAUGAACCCUUAUGUUUUUAUUACUUUAGAAUGAGCCAUUUCUAUCUCAUACACCGCGGGUCCCCCCUCCAUGUCAAGUCGUCAUUUUGCACCAGCAUGUUUCUACAGCAGCCCUAAAUGGACAAACACUCUACAGAGUGUAUUUAGUCAUUAUGUUGUUGUUCUUCUAAAUCGUUCAUGUUUUUAGAGGCAGCUUGCAUCGUCACUAUGUUGAAUAUGGACGAAGAAGUAAGUAGUAGUAGUCUGGUUUAUUAGAAGCAGAGACCGUUCUUUGUUAGAAGUAAGAAGAAACCUCAUUGCUUGACUGGCUUGUGUCGGCCAGACGGCCACCAUAGCUUCUCAAAUCACACGAAAGGGAGGGGUGAGCUGCUGUUGGUUGCAGUUCGCAACCUCACCGCUACAGAUGGCACUAAAAUUUACACACUGCACCUUUAAAAUGUUAUAGGGUUAUAUAGCAAAUAAGAAUCGAUAUUAUUACAAAAUAUAUUUCAAGACAAAGAUCUUGUUAAUGAUUUUCACUUUUUUUUUUAAGUAAUUAAAUGAUUGCUUUUUUCAACUGAAGAAUAUAUAAAAGGGUGGUAUUUGGGGUAAAAAUCACCCUAUUGCUGGGGCUACAGGCACAUUAAUGUAAUUGAACUGAUAAUAAAUAGCUGGCUGACUUUUUCAUUUGUUGACAUGACAUGGUUAGAUUUAGAUUGCUCAAUAUUAUUAUGUUGGGUGUCCACCUUAGAAAUAAUCACUGUAUUCAUAAUAAAACUAUAAUAUUUAAAUUAUGAUAUUAAUCAUAUAAAAUAUUAUUUAUUGU